GUGAACCCACGUUUUAUUUCACAGGAUCAUCGGUUCACUAACAUGUUACCGCAGUUUAAACACUUGAAUUAACACAGCAUUAUCUGAUUAUACUGAACUAAAUGAAUUAAUAACUGACAUCGACAGUUCAUGUUAAGUGCGGGUUACAUCAUGCAGAGGGUGAGUUAGCCUAAUUGAGCCGUGUUAAAGUGUCUCUUCAUCAUGAUGUCUGCGCUGCGGCGGCUCGCCCUGCUCGAGCGUGUUUGCGUGUUAAAACCUAAUAUAAUACAUCCAUGGUUAAAUCACCGCUCGGGUCUGAUGCAGGCCAGCAACACUAGGGGGGACACAUGUCGCAGCUUCUCCACAACAAUCCCAGCGGCUUUGUCUCACAAGAAACGCAAUCCUGGCAACAUUUGUUCUAGGUACUUGUCAAGUUCAACUUCUGAUCUAAUGUCUCGAGUGAAGAGAGUUUCAAUCGAGGGCAACAUAGCUGUUGGAAAGUCGACCUUUGCAAAACUCCUGCAGUCUGCGUGUCCACACUGGGAAGUGGUGGCGGAGCCCGUCAGCAAGUGGCAGAACAUCGAGAGCAAGUCCUCAGAGGGCACAGAUGCAGCCCCCCAGACAACAGUCAGCAACCUGCUGCAGAUGAUGUACCAGGACCCUCAGCGCUGGUCUUACACGUUUCAGACAUAUUCCUGCAUGAGUCGGCUGAGGACUCAGCUGCAGCCUCCUCCAGGUCACCUGCUCCACUCCCAGACACCACCUGUCCAGGUGUACGAGCGCUCCGUCUACAGUGACCGAUACAUCUUUGCGCUGAAUAUGUUUGAGCUGGGUUGCAUCAAUGCCACAGAGUGGGCCGUCUACCAGGACUGGCACUCUCUUCUUGUAGAGAAGUUUGGACACCAGGUGGAGCUGGAGGGCAUCAUUUACCUCAGAGCUUCACCCAAGAAAUGUAUGGAGCGUCUGAAGCGCCGGGGAAGGUCGGAAGAGAAGGAAGUGAAACUGGACUAUCUGGAAAAACUUCACGCUCAACAUGAGAGAUGGCUGGUGGAGAAAAGCACUGAGAUACAUUUUGAGAAGCUGAAAAAGAUACCAGUCUUAGAACUUGAUGCAGGUGUGGAGUUCAGGAGUGAUCCAGAGGUACGGGAGCAUUUUAUUACGAAGGUGAGGGACUUCUUUAAUACUUUGAGCUGAUGGUCGUCAGCAGCCAUCAACUGUGGGGAUUGGAUGAGACCAGCUGGACCUCAGUCAAGUGUUUUAGGGGACAUAUAAAUAGCUUCAUGGAGUGUAAAUAUAAAGUCAAAGAAAUAUAGUUAAUCUUUUUGGCAAGCUGCAGUCUGCAUGAAACAAACAUUUUGAGUUUGUCUGUAGACAAAUGUUACAGGCAAUUGUUUCUAUGUCACUUCCUAAGGCACACUAAUGAUUCCCGUUGACAUCUGCACAACUGUUUUCUUUGUUACAAUAAUUCACACCUGGUUGACUUGAGUGCAAAGGAGUCUGUGAGUUUUAUACCUUCUUUGAAUAAUAAGCUAACUAUGUGCUAUGAACAGAUUUUAAUGUGUAGUAUUUUAUAUCUUCCUGAGUGGUGGGAACAAGACACCCAGACUAUUUGUUACAACUUGUUAAUAAAACAAUAAAUCCAUUUUACAGUCACAUGACUUGGCUUUU